CGAAGUCUAAAGGAAUUGUAAUGGAUCCAUUAGUUUUAAACUUUAGGACCAAAGCUAUUAGUACCUUUUCCCAAACAUUAAGGACCAUACAUGUAACAUGAUAUAGAUGAAGGAUCAAAAUAAUCCAACACCCAUACAUUAAGGACCAUUUUGAUCAUUUUCUCUGUGCACUUCACCCAAAACCAGUAGGUAAAAAUUCCAUGGUAACUUAUUUCCUUACUUUUGCAAUUUAACUCUUGAGCACGAAAUUUACGUAUAGAAAUUGUUCUAGCUACCGUUGAGGAAUUUCGUCUUUAGCCCUUUUUCUAAUUGAUUUUCAGCAAAAGCGAAAAAGUAAUGCUGAAUAUUAUCGAUAGGCGGCUGGCAUUAGUAUCGAACAUUGAAAAUUCAAUUUAGAUUUGUUCAAGGCUAUUAUAAUGGACUGUGCAGAGCAAAAAAGAUGCCAAGAACUAGCCAAGUCAUCAUCUUUUUAUCGCAGGAUAUAUUCAGAGGUAGAAGAGAUAGGAUGGGAGCACCUUGUUAAAUUUGGGGAAGAUAUGAGACUUCUCAGCUUUCGCGUCGUGGACAAGAAGGGAAGAGUGCACAUGGUGCAGAUAACUUUGGAUGGAACAUAUCCUAACCAUCCACCUUCAAUAUCAGCGGACGUGCCUUAUCUCUUCAAUUUGAAAUGGUCAAUUAACUCAAGACUGAAAGAUGUUAUCCAACAGUUUCAGAAGCAUCUUGAGAAGCUUCAGGACUUUUGGAAUCUAAUGGAUGACAUUGACCACUCGCUUUUGGUUUCUGAUCAACGAUAUCCUCAACGUGCUUUGUCACAUCGCCAACUUAGUAUAAGUAAUGACUGCAACAUCAUUUUGUCUAUAGAUGCUGAUGAUCCCACAUCCCUACCAGACUGUCGCUUUCUUGGUUCGGAUUCGGAGGUGGAGAGAUUGAGAGCGAUGUGGAGGAGAAACUGCAAAAGAUGGAUGAGAGACAAGCCUUUUUCUGAGAAUCUCGCACAUGUAUUGGAUAUUCAACUUCAUGGACCUCCAAACAUUCAGAAAACUGAUCCACAAAUUGAAUGUGGCAUUUGUUAUGCGCAGUAUCUUCCAAUUGGUAAUCCUAUAACCAUGAUGAACUUGGUGCUAGGAGUGGAAGUGGCACUGAUUGUACAUGUGAAAAUAACAGCUGCAGUAGGGCCUUCCACAGCGUUUGCCUGGAAGAUUGGUUGCGUUCCAUCACAACAACAAGACAGUCGUUUGAUGUUUUGUUUGGCAAUUGUCCAUACUGUUCUGAUCCAAUUGCUGUCAAAAUCAAUACAAGGAAGUAAAUGAAAUAUUUUACUA